AUGCUUGGUAGCAUAUUUUCAGAUCCAUGUGUCUGUAUCUUGAUCCUCACAUCGUUGCGUGUCAUUCAUAUGUCUGAGCUCCCUACUCUUCGAGUGGAUAACCCAGGCAACAUCACCCUUGGUGGGCUUUUCUCCUUGUUCGAAAAUAACCAUGAAGGUGUCUGUGAAGGCAAAAUUGCUUUAAAUGGUUUACGAUCGUUACUUGCAAUGCAGUUUGCAGUGGAUCGUAUUAAUUCAAACGACACCAUUCUGCCAAACAUUACUCUUGGCAUGACAGCAUUCGAUUCAUGUCUGAAUGGCAUUACAGCAUUGAAAUACACUCUUGAGCAUUUUGUUUUAAAAGAUCAUGCGGGAAAACUGAGUAAAUAUCCAAUUGUCGGUUUAGUUGGACCACCUAAGAGUGAAGAAGCUGUAUAUACCGCUAAGGUCUUAGAUGUUUUUGAAAUACCUGUCAUUAGUUAUAGUGCAACAAGUGAGAAAUUAAGCGACAAAAAGCUAUUUAAAUACUUUUCUCGCACUGUACCGUCUGACGUAUAUCAAGCUAAGGCCAUUGUUGACUUUUUUCGAUAUUUCAAUUGGACGUAUGUGAACGCCGUGUACAGUGAUGAUUCGUAUGGCACGUAUGGGAUGAAACUGUUGAGAAAAGAAGCCAAGAAACACGACUAUAUUUCUAGCAAAAAAACAGAAUAUGUUUACAUCAGUAUAAAAACGAAUGCCAUUGAAGACUACCGUGACUACUUGGAAAAUUUAAGUGCCGAGAAAAUAAACAUUGUGCCCUGGUUUAAUAAGCGCGUGUACGAACAAAUCAUGAAUCGUCCUUUCAAAACUGACAGGAAUAAGUCGCGAAGAUGCCAUUCAAAUAAGAAAUUUGGAAAGGCGUUAUCGUCGGGAUUUUCGAAAGGUGCUGCCACUAACGUUAUAGAUGCGGUGUAUGUCUUCGCGCAUGGCCUUCACCAAGAAUUGACAGCUCGGUGCCCAAAUUUGGCUUAUUGUGCGCAAAACGGCAAUGUAUCUGGCGCGUCAUUACUUAAACUUAUCCGUAAUUCAAGCUUUCAGAGCGCUGAUGGAAGGAGAGUUUAUAUCGAUCAAAAAGGCGAUGUGACGGGAGGAUAUGCGUUUGAAUAUAUCACAACUAGGAAGGAUGGUACGCGGGAAAGUAAAAUAAUAGGUGAUUGGCAAGGUCGAUUGAGUCUGAACUUGAACUCGAUAUAUAAUUCUGGUUUGACCUCGGCGAAAACGCAGUGUUCUGAACCAUGUAAGAAAAACGAAAUAAGACAAAGAAACCACGAAAAACCAUGCUGUUGGAAAUGUGUAGAAUGUCAGGCUGGGUCAAUUGCCCGAAACGAAACAAUUUGUCAUCCCUGUGGUCAGGGUUAUUUGGCAAACCAAGAGAAGGCAGAGUGCGUAAAAAUCCGAGACCUUUUCUAUAGUUUGGACGAACGAAUCUCAAAUUUACUGGUUGUCCCUCCCUUGGUACUUUCUGCGUUUGGAAUUUUGGGUAUUUUUUUCACCCUUAGCAUAUUCAUAAGAUUCCAUUUCAAUCCACUGAUUAAAGCAUCUGGCCGCGAAUUGUGCUAUCUUUUACUUACUGGGCUUCUCUUUUCAUUCAUCUUCCCGAUUCUUUGUGUCUUUAGACCAUCUGGCGUUCAGUGUCUCUCUCAAUUCAUUCUUGACAGUCUUCCGCUUACGAUAUCACUCGUUCCAAUCCUGAUGAAAACUAACCGCGUCUUUCGAAUAUUUGACCCUGCACGAAGAAUAACGGACCGUCCUUUGCUAGUUGGCCCAUUACCACAACUUGUUUUAUCCAACUUGUUAAUCAGUUUACAAAUUAUCUUCUUGCUUGUGUUAGUUCUUCUGCAUUUUCCCGAUCAGAAAAUAGUUUAUUUCUCGCCAACAGAGGUGCAUCUUGUUUGCAGCACAACAAAUAGCCAGCUUCUUGUAGCACAUCUGUAUAACGUUAUCUUGAUAAUCGCCUGCACUUACUACGGUUUUCGAGCUAGAAAUAUACCUAGUAAUUUUAACGAAGCCAAAUCCAUUGCUUUUGCAAUGUACGCAUCGUGUGUAAGUAUGUGUGUAUUCUUUGUUGCAUUCUUGGUUGUGGCCACUGGUAGUUCCAAUAAGAUAAUUCAGCAGGCUUUACACUCAUAUCGCGUUUCGCUCUUAGCCAACGUCAUUCUAUUUUGCUUCUUCGCUCCUAAAAUUUACAUCAUUCUUUUUCGACGCCAACUGAUCCAAAGGCACGUAUUUUCUCUCAAUGGCGGGGGAACAACUGUUUGUAACUCACAAGGAAACCAAGGCUAUGUGAGAAACAGUGGAACGUCAGUAACUGAGGCACCAAAGACAAUCCAAAGAUCACAAGUUCCUACUGAAAUGCCUAUCUGCAGAAAACGACAAGAUUGGAAACGCUGGACAAUCUAGGCAACAACAAUAAGGCCUAGUUCAUAGCUACGUCG